GUGUUGUACAACUCCGUCUCUGAGUUUUUUCUCAAAGAAACAAAUAACUGUCUUUAGGAUUCAGUUAGAUCCUAAAAUUUUAAGAUUGAUCCUUUUUUCUUAGAUCAAUAUAUUUUUACCUUCUUGGCACUCUCUGUUGAUAAACAUCUCUCACAUUGUCAUUUUCACCUGGAUCGCAGGACGUCUCGAAUUUCUGAGGCAUAUUUUCAUUGUCAGCUUCCUCUGUCUAAUGUAAGUAAAAUUCUUCAAGUGCUUUAAGACAAGCCCAUGGCCCAGACACUCUCUAGAGAAGAGUCUAUGAUACCAAAACAAGACUGGAGCAAAAACAUUGGUAGGAAUUCUUUAUCUUUGAUUUUGACUUUGCCAUAGGCUUUUUAAAAGGAAGAAACAUGGAAACAAGUGGAACAUGUGGCGAGAGAGACCCAAAUAAAAGAAAAAAAAUUAGAUUUGAAAUUUGAGAAUCUUAAUUCUAUAUCUAUUCUCUCCUCUCUCUUCUGCACUCUUUGUAUGCUUUGUCAGGGAAGGCAGAACUAUUAUCGUGGUCUCCGUCAUGGCUACCCAUACACCAAGCCAUAGAAUUGCUUUCUAUUUAACUAUUGGCACAUUCAGUCAAAAAAAUACCCCAGUGUUCAGAAAAUGGUAUAUUUACUUAGAGGACAUUUUGAGGCCUUUCUUUUGUCAUGUUUGCUGCUUUUGAUUUCUUUUCAGAUUCUCUUCUGUGCUUGGAAAGAACCACCCCCAUGCAUCUGCCACUGAUCAUUCUGGGCCUAGCUGCCCUUAUUGACACUUCCAAUCAGUCUGGAUGCUAUGGUGAUAUAAACAGAGUUGAUACCACUGGGGCGUCUAGUCAAACUGCAAGACCAGAAGGUUUAAGCUAUGCUGGAGUCCGGGCUUCUGAAACGAUUGCUGCAAAGGACCUAAUCAGAAUGAAUAACUAUAAAGGUUUAAUUCAAAGAGCUGGCAGCAACCAGUGUGUGGAUCCAGCUGUGAUUGCUGGCAUCAUCUCUAGAGAGUCACAUGCAGGAGCUGCCCUAACCGCUGAUGGCUGGGGUGACGGGGGAAAUGCCUUCGGUUUGAUGCAAGUUGAUAAGAGGUAUCAUAAACUCGUUGGGAAAUGGAACUCUGAGGCUCAUCUCAUCCAGGGCACACAAAUCCUUGUGGGUAUGAUUAAGGCAAUCCAGAGAAAGUUCCCAAGGUGGACAAAGGAACAACAGCUGAAAGGUGGGAUUUCUGCCUACAAUGCAGGACCUGGAAAUGUCCGGACCUAUGAAAAAAUGGAUAUUGGCACAACCCACAAUGAUUAUGCCAAUGAUGUAGUUGCACGAGCCAAGUUUUACCAGAAAAAAGGAUUCUAAAUGUGGGAAUGCCCUUCUACUCAGAUAUAUUACAGUCCUUAAGCUGAUCAGUCCAAUUUCCAUAAGAGACCUAGAGUGUUGCUCAAUGUUACUGAUUGUUCCUCUGUGCUACGUGGUUUCCUUGUCGUCUUAUAGUUAGUGUAUUGCCUUCCCAAUUUAAAAUGAUGCUUAUUUCACUAUCUGUCAUUCUGCUAAGAAAUCAAAAGGGAAAGUUAUCUCUUUGGGAAAUUUGGGGGUGGGGAAUUAAGCUUUCAUUUUCAAUUGUUUUGUAAAUUACUUUGAAAAUGCAUUCUUACAGCAGCUGGCUUUUGGUUGGAAAUCUUCAGGUCUAAGUGAAACAUCUGCUUGUAUUAUAAUUUUGCAGAAAAUGCAUAGAGCCUGGAGGGAGUGCUUUCAAUUGAAGAAAACUAAGCAAGUGGAAUCUUAAUAAAAAUAUUAGUGGGUGAAGAGUAAGCACAAAAGUGCUCACAUUUCACUUUAUCAGCAAAGUUUGGAUGAGGACAACUUUAAAUCAAAGUGUGUAAAUUCCAAAAAGGAAUGGAAUGAAAGACAGUUGUGCUAUAUACAUUUAGGGGUUUUCUCUGCCAUCAAGGGCCUUAACAUUGAUUACUUGCAAAGGAGGGAUAAUAUUAGGCUUAUUCAGUUCACCAUAUUCUAUGCUCCUGUGACUCUAAGAUUGGAAAUUGACUUCGUUUUUGGAAUGCCAUCAACAGCCUGUGGUAAGAAAAGGAGCUCCUAAAACUGCUUGAUAAUGAGCCGUCUGGCCUUGAACCAAUACAUUAAUGGAAUUACUGCCUUUGACUUAAAUUAACAUUGAUUCAGCCUUGAAAGGCAAGUUGAAUUCUGUUCAUAGACCUCAGCGCCUAGUAACUCCUAUAAGAAACAGUACCUGUGGGUUCUGAGCAAUUUGGUAUAUCUGGUUUAUUAAGUGUCUCAGCUAGAGCUGAUCUCUUUACAAACCAUGGCUAGAAAUGGCUUUAUAAAACGUCUUCCUUGACCUUCUUUUACUAUGGUUUAGUAACCAUAGUAAAAGAAUUAAAAAUUCUUUUACUGUAAUUCUUUUAAUGUAAACAUGAUUAUGCCCAUAGUCUGCUAUAGCACCCUACUGUGUAAGCCAUUCUGCCAUUCACUUGGCUUUAGCAGGUAUUAUAUGUUUCUUUAAAAAGUAUAAAUAUUAUACUGCAGCCUUGGGACCCUCCUGUCAUUCUAUAAUGUUCCUUUUCUGAAUAGUUAGUAUUUAAGGAGACCACACAGUGCAUGCAACCCCAGGGGGGUCAGGCGGAUGGUCAGUAAGUAGCGUAAGUGCCAAAGUGUUAGCAGGCAACAUGAGCUCCAUCUAGGCCAGGGGUAGGCAAAAUAUGGCCCCCAGACCAGAUCCAGGGUACCAACUAAUUGGAUUUGGUCUGUGAAUGGGAGUUUGCCAAUUGAUAGUUAUCUGGCCUGCAGCUGCCCCCACAGCGUUCAGCAUGGAUCCACUCCACUGCCUGCAGGUGGCUGCUCACUGUGCUGGUCAGGUAGAGUGAGUGGAAGGUAGCUGGGAACAGGAGCUGGAGCUCCACGUGCUGGGGCAGGAGCCGCCUGGCUGUAGCUUCCCCCACUGCCUGGCUGGGGGUGUGGUGCCCAGAACAUGUCCCUACAGCCACUGCCACUUCUGUGCACUACCUGCUGCCUGAAGAAACACAGCAGGGCCAGGAGGUGGUGGAGAAGCUGCUGGAGGAAAGGAGAGUCGAGCAGAACCCUGGCAGCUGCAGGAGCAGCCUCACCAGAAAACUGCGCACACUGGCCAGGGCUGAGGCUGUGCUGUCUGGCAGAAAUGGGGCAGAAGCAUAGUGCGGGCUGCCCCAGGAGGGAGCAGGCAGGCUCAGCCCCAUGCAGACCGAUGCAGGGGCAGCUAUGGGCUGGAUGGGGGGACAAAGCACACUGCACUGCACUGCCUGGACAAGUUCUGCUAUAUGCACCCCCUGCUCACUCCACCCCAGCUCGGUCCCAGAACCUAAUGCGUGAGCAGCCUCCAACACAUGCAUACACCCACCUCUCACACAUACCCACCCCCAACACACAUAUGCUCCACACCCUCCCCACACACAAUAUAUAAGAAUUAAGACUGUAUUUUGAGCUAUUAUGCAAUUGCCUCUAUAGACACUACUCAAAAAACAUAAA